CAGGGGAGGUUGAAGGUGGAGCAACUAAUGAGCCUGUGGCCACUUCAGGGAAUGAGGUGAUUGCAGUGGACUGGAAGGGCCUGAAGGACGUGGACCAGAUCCACAUGGACAGCACCAGCUCACUGCACGGAAGCGGUCUCCACAGGCCGUCCACCGAGCAAACCCGGACAGAUUUCUCCUGGGAUGGCAUCAAUCUCUCCAUGGAGGACACCACUUCCAUUCUUCCAAAGCUUAAGCGAAACUCUAAUGCCUAUGGCAUUGGGGCCCUGGCCAAGUCAUCCUUCUCAGGGAUUUCUCGUAGCAUGAAGGACCAUGUGACGAAGCCCACAGCCAUGGGGCAAGGCCGGGUGGCCCACAUGAUUGAGUGGCAGGGCUGGGGGAAGACACCAGCCAUUCAGCCGCAACACAGCCACGAGGCGGUGCGCAGGGACACUGAUGCCUACUCGGACCUCAGUGAUGGCGAGAAGGAGGCACGUUUCCUAGCAGGUGUAAUGGAACAGUUUGCCAUCUCCGAGGCCACACUCAUGGCCUGGUCUUCCAUGGAUGGGGAGGACAUGAGUGUCAACUCCACGCAGGAGCCACUGGGCUGCAACUACAGUGACAACUACCAGGAGCUGAUGGAGAGUCAGGAUGCCCUUGCUCAAGCCCCCAUGGAUGGAUGGCCUCACUCCUACGUGUCCCAGGGCAUGUACUGCCUGGGGUCGUCGGAUGCCUGGGAAGCCAGCGACCAGUCCCUCAUUGCCUCUCCGGCCACAGGAUCCUAUCUUGGCCCUGCAUUUGAUGACUCACAGCCUAGCUUGCAUGAAAUGGGGUCUUCCCAGCCUGCUUGUGGAUACUCUGCUCAGGAGCCUCCCCCUUUGCUGGGGUCAGACGCGGACUGGGCUCCGGGGAUGGGUGGAAUGGACCUGGCAAGGGGCCCUGAGGAGGAGGAGAAGAGGCCAUUGGCCCCUGAGGAGGAAGAGGAUGCAGGAUGCCGGGACCUGGAGUCACUUUCCCCACGAGAAGACCCUGAGGUGUCCACGGCUCUCAGCCGCAAGGUGUCUGACGUCACAUCCUCAGGUGUGCAAUCCUUCGAUGAGGAGGAGGGCGAAGCAAACAACUAGCUUCCUCCCACUCCAUGCCCAGCCUUCCACUCCCACCUGAGGGGCAUGGCUGCGACAAUACCCUCCCUUCCCCCAGCAGUACAGCUGAACCCGGGCAGAAGACCAUGAGGGACCAGGAGUUGCCAGUCCUCGCCAGGAAAAUGGAGAGCCAGGAUGGCGUUUUAUCCAGGCUUAUGCUGUAGAAAGCACAGGUCUGGGAACUGAGGCCCAGACAACCAGAUGGCUCCGAACUUUGCUUGGCUGCAGGCUCCUGGGUCUGUGAUGAUGAAGCCCCCGUGUGGCUCCCGAGGACAGCAGCACAGGGCAGCGUGUGGCCGUCGACUGGACCUCAGUUCUUCACUCUCUGCUUCGUCUUCCAGGAGCCUUGACUGUGGCUGUGGGAAUGCCUCCUUUCUCCGUGUCACUCCUGCUUUUCCCAACUCUGUUUUCUCUGGCUGUGGCCCCAGCUCAUCCCGACUAUGAGGAACAGACUUCAGGGGCUAUUGGUAUGGCUCGAUGGGCACAGGGGAAGCCACCUGAAGUCAUGUGUCCUUAGAGGGUGGAGAGCCUGCCCUCAGCGAGAAACUGGCUUCUGAGAUCAGGAGUCAUGGGGGAGGUGGGUGUGGCAGCUGGGAUGCACAGGGACACAAACGUGAUUCUUUAUAUCAGGGCCUGCUCAGAGACCAGAAAGUCACUGAUGAGACCAAGAACAAAUAUGGCCACCUGUGCCAAGAUCUUGACUAUUCCCUUGUCUGGAAGGAGGAUCCAAGGAUCUGGGAAAGGGCCCAGCCGGGGCUGGCCGCUCCAGCUCUUGCUUCCCUUUUCUGCCUCCUUCUGUCCCCUGCUCUGGAGCCCUGGCCCUGAGGGGGUGACACAGAACGCAGGUGUCCUGGCCAAAUGGGGAAGCAUGAGGGCUGUGUCUCCCUCCAUCUACCCUCUAAUUCUCUGGAGCUGUUUACACUUUUCUCUUUGCCUUUUCUACAUUUUUAUAACUUCUUGGGGACUCAGGGUUGAGUGGGCUGGAGGGAGGAGUCCGGUGCUGUCAGGCCCCAGCCAGGGUGGGCUGUUUGCUGAGGAGCGGUGUGGGGCACUAGGCUCCUUUGCCCCUUCUUCAGCUCCUCCCAGGACUCCGAAGAGGGCCUCACAGGUGUUCUCCCUCCCUCCCCGGCCUCCUGUGGAGGAAGAGAGGAGAAUCAGAGGAUUCUUCCUUCCAGGACAGGUUACAGGGAGGCACUCUCACUCCCCGUUUCCAGUGUGGUGGGGACUUCUGCGCAGCACUUCUGUGAGAGAUCUGACAGCAGGGGACGGGGGAGAGCGAAGGACGCCACAGCUGUGGAGCUGGCUGGCAUGCUGCCCUUCCCACUGCGGGGGCACAGGGAGACUCUGGGUAGGAGAGAGAAGCUGAGAGCUCCAUUGUUGCCUUCCCUCCUUCCUCAUGCCCGACUUAGGCUCCAGCUCCAAGGCCUUGUGUCCUACCCACACUUUGUCAGGGGUCCUACCACUUUACCCUCUGCUGGGAAGGGAGAACUGUCACCCUCUCCCAGACGCUGGACAAAACUGUCCCCCCACCCAAUGCCUCAGACUUCUAUUUCUUUGGAAUGAGGAGGUUGAGAGUCGGGGUGUUUCUGUCCAUCUAUGACUGCCCCCCCCAACUGAGUUCACACUUCAUUCACAUGUGCUCCUGCAAUGCAGCUGAGGCCAGGGUCCCGUGUCCUCCAGGGGAGGGGGACAAUGGCUUUCCUGGGGUUGGUCCUUGGAGGACCCAGGAGUGGACACGGUGAGCAUGGGUAGGCGAAGUCACCUUGUCCACAGCUGUCUCACAGAAGACCUCUCUCGUGUUUGGUGGUGUGACCUGACUCAGGAGGCAGCAGGACCUUUCAGCGAGCAGCUCUGGGAGGUGGCCCCGCAUGCCCGUGCUGGCUUCUGGUCCUCACGGGAGACUCCUGCCCUCCUGCCCUGGGACCUUGGGGUUUUGCAUGCUCACAGUUCCCUCUUGCCACCGGUCCUAGUUUCCUCGCCUCGUGCCAUCUGCUGUCUCAGUGCACCAUCUUUUUCCUCUUAGUCUCAUCCCCUUUGUGCCUACGUUCUGGCCCCAGACCACGGCGGACAUCCAAUCCAGCAGGUUCAUUCAUUAUAGUUUGUUCGUUUUUGUUCAAGGUCUGUGGAGUUGGGAAAGGAGGAUUAAAGCAGCGUUCUUUCCUCCCUUCCUCCCUUCCCGGAGGAAGCCAAAUGGUCCCUGCAACAGUGGCUGAAACUGGGAGGGAAUCUAGGAGACUUUACACACGUGGAGGGGGCUCGCAGACCAGAGGUCAGGUGAGGGCCUGCAUUUUCCACUCUGAAGAGGGAGAAGAGCCAAGGAGCUGGCCUGGGACCCUCUUAGGACUCUUCUGGAGGGAGGAAUUGCCUCUCUGGUGCUGGGGGCAGGGUGCAUGGGGUUUGCUUAGAGCCUAUUGGGGGAGGGGAGGGGCAUGUGCAGGAAGAGGCUGUUGGGGGUGGGGUGGGGGAGGGUUGCUUUUCCUUUGGGGUUAAAGGCUGUGCAGCACGUUUUCCAACAGUCCUGGAACAGGGCUGUUUUUAUAUUCUUGUGAAUGAAACUGCUCUUGCUAAAUGAUUUUCCUUUGGUGGGGGGUGCACUUUCAUUUUCAAAUCACUUUAUUAAGGAAAAAUCCAAAUCUCCCAUUCCUCCCCUUCCACUGCCCCACUUCCCCCCAGGCCGCCCUUCCUAUCCUUGUGCUGAGGGGGCGGCUCUUGGCGAAUGAGUGUAUGACCUUCUCUUUGCCCCCAUCUCUACAUCCCAUACUGUCUUCCAGGUCUGGGAAAUAUCCACUUUUAUGGCCAGUCUUAGCAUGUUUUCUUAAUGUGACAUUCCCACCCCAGGCCCAAGAGAGAUUCUAUGACAUAUAUUACAGAGAGAAUUAUAUAUAAAUAUAUAUAUAUAUAAAUAUUAUAGAUUAUAUACACAUGGGCACGGGCUCAAAUGCCCACUGCCAGUCCCCCUGCCCAGGCUGCACCCUCUCUUGGCCUGGGUGGGGGGAGGGGACGUCCUGUUGGAGAGGGCUGCAGGCUGUGUUCAAUGGCACUAAACAGAAUGUGGUGGCA